UUUGCUUCGGUUCAAGCUUUAUGGCAGAUCCUGUCAUCAUUCACCGCUUGACAUUUCUGCUGAGCUGUGUUGUGAUUGUUGCUUCUAGGUUAUUUCGAGCCGAAAAUUUCACGUAAAAACGGAAAUGUUUUAUUAGAAGUAAGUCUGCGCCGUGCGAGACCAACACGAAAAGAAUCCUUCCCCGUGUUUCUUUUGAAAAUUGUGUUCUUGAGAGCAUCUUUAUCGAGUGUUUUGGUGCCCAACAUAACAAAGCGACAAUGAAAGUGACCGUCACGACACUAACGGAUUACAUAUUCGUCUUGGACGUUGCCGACGACUUGGAGCUAGAGAACUUCAAAGCUUUCUGCGAGGUAGAAAGCGGUUUUCCUUCGUCGGAAAUCGUCAUCGCCUUCAAUGGCCGUCCCUUGAUGGAUAAUAAGAUGACGCUGAGGGACCAUGGCAUCAAGGAUGGCGACGCGGUCAUCUUACAACACAUGUUACAACAACCAGCCUCACAGACUGAAUUACAAGCACCUAAUUUAGACUUCAGUGCAAUACAAGUGCCCAACUUUAUGAGAAACAAUCGUGCAGUUCCACCAGCGCCAUCAACGCCACCAGUGGUUUCUCUAGCUGGCAGAACCGCCAAUGAAGAUGAUCCUGUUAUGAUUAGGGAUAUGUUUUUGGCGAAUCCAGAUCAGAUGGCUUUGCUCAAACAGAAUAAUCCCAGGCUUGCAGAUGCUUUACUAUCUGGAAAUCUUGAAUUGUUUGCAAACGUCCUAAAGGAGCAAGUAGCCGCGCGACAGGAACGGGAAAGGCAACGUCUACGUUUACUAAAUGCACACCCCUUCGACACAGAGGCGCAACGGCUAAUUGCAGAAGAAAUUCGUCAGAAGAAUAUUGAAGCCAACAUGGAGGCAGCGAUGGAGUACAAUCCGGAGUCAUUCGGUACAGUUGUAAUGUUGUACAUUCAUUGUCGUGUGAAUGGGCAUCCUGUCAAAGCAUUCAUUGAUUCAGGUGCACAGACUACGAUUAUGUCUAGUUCAUGCGCUGAACGAUGCAACAUUAUGCGACUUGUUGACACCCGAUGGGCCGGUAUUGCAAAAGGCGUUGGCGUACAACGUAUAAUCGGCCGUAUUCACAUGGUGCAAAUUCAAAUCGAAAAAGACUAUCUGACCACUAGUUUUUCGGUGCUAGAAGAACAACCGAUGGAUAUGUUAUUAGGGCUUGAUAUGCUUAAAAGACAUCAAUGUUCAAUAGAUCUCAAGACAAAUGUACUAAGGAUAGGAACAACGGGUACAGAAACAAAGUUCUUGUCGGAAGCGGAACUGCCAGAGUGCGCUCGACUCAGUUCGAACUCAGAGGAUGAGAUUAUGAAAGAAUCACGUAAGACUGCGGAAGAAUUAGACCUGCAAAAAGCAAUCAAACAGAGUAUCAGAGAAAAUGACGGGGCAGGAUCAAGCGCGAUAGCAACUCCAGUAACAUCUGCCGCACCAAUCUCGGAAAAUGACGUUGCCGACCUUAUGACGAUGGGUUUUCCUCGCGAACAGGUUGUUGAGGAACUCAGGCGUUUCGAUGGCGACAAAACGAAGGCCACAGCAGCGCUCUUCGCCAAAUCAUUGCAGUUUUAACAGGAGAUUUAAUCAGCCGCUAGUUGCGCAAAGCAAAUCGUCUUACUACCUCUUGCAUUUGGACGAAUGUUGCCUUUCUGUUUCAUUUUGUCACCUUAGAUUUCCUCAAGGUGAUGGGAGUAUGGCCCGUGAUGUCUGUCAGGUUUUCUUUCUUUUGCGGUUUUUUUUUUCUUUCGUUAAUAAUUAGGGGAUUGAGCUUAGCUUUAUACACUUUUAUAAACAAUGUAGUUUUUGUACGCACGACGAACAUUAUGGAGUCUAAACUUGAAUUGUUGACAAUUUCAUCACUAGUUGCAACUAAUUCGUCAGAUUUUUGGUAAUAUUAAGGUUGUGUUAUCGCAUAAUGCUCAAUACAGAAAACACACACACUAAAAAUAAAUAUUUACUUUAA